AUGGCACCAACGAAAUUACCAAUAAUUGGUUGGCCUUGGGAGUUGUACAAGCAAAAAUUGGAAGACAUUGAUGAUUAUCUCCAAGGUAUUUUUAAUAAAUUUCAAGAUGGAAUAUUUCGCACACAAAUGGGAACAACAACAACAAUUCACAUAAAUAAUCAUAAAUUUGCUGAAAUAAUACUUCGUGAUCCAAAGCAUUCAACAAAAUCAAAUUUCUAUAAAUAUUUUGAGCCAUGUUUUGGACUUGGUCUCUUGAAUUCAUCAGGAGAAAAAUGGAAUCAUGACAGAAAAUUAAUGACACCUGCAUUUCACUUUGGUAUUCUGAAAGAAUAUUCAAAAGUCAUGAUAAAAAAAACAAUUUUAUUCAACGAAUUUCUAGAGAAGAAAAUCCAAACAAUUGGCAAUGAAUAUUUCGAUGUUUAUGAUUCAAUUGCAAAUUUUUCACUCAGUAUUAUUUACGAAACUGCAUUGGGAAUGAGCAUCGACACAUACGGCGAUAAAGAAAAAGAUUACACCGAUGCAAUUCGCUCAGUAUUUGAUUGUGUUACAUCCCGAAUCAGACAGCCGUGGUUAAAGUAUGAUUUAAUUUACUAUCAAACAGCUGAGGGAAAAAAAUUUCAAGCUGCUGUUAAAAUUGUCGAUGAAAAAUGUCUUCGUGUGAAAGAAGGAAGUAAGAAGAAGGCAUUAUUGGAUAUUCUUUUUGAAGCAAAUGAAAGAGAGGAACGACCAUUGACCAUCAACGAAAUUCGAGAUCAUGUUAAAACAUUUAUGGCUGGGAUACAAAAUAAAAUUCAUCAAGAAUUGGACAGUGUUUUUGGUGAUUCAAAUGAAACUGUGACAACAGAUGAUAUUGCCAAGUUACAUUAUCUUGAUAGAGUUAUCAAGGAAGUAUUGAGACUUUAUCCUGGUGGAGUUAGAAUUGGCAGAUACAUUACAGAAGAUGUUCAACUUGAUAAAUAUACUAUUCCAAAAGGCUGUAAUGUGAUGAUUCAUAUUAAUCAGAUUCAUGUUGAUCCAAAGCUAUGGAAUGAUCCAAAAAAAUUUGAUCCAGAUAGAUUUUUAGUUGAAAAAACAGCCAAGCAUCAUCCAUUUGCUUAUAUUCCAUUUUCAGCUGGUCCAAGAAACUGUGUUGGUCAAAAAUUUGCAAAUCUUGAGGCUAAAAUUGGACUGGCUGAGAUAAUGAGAAAAUGGAGAGUCAAAAGUCGUGACACUCAUGAGUCAAUUAAAACUUAUUCGUCUAUUAUUCUUCGACCAAUUGAAGGUAUAUUUUUAAAAUUUGAAAAAAGACAAAAUACAAAAUAACAGAGAGUAAAUUUAAUUAUUUAUAUAUAGAAAAUUAAUUGAUUUAAAGCCAAAAAAAAAAUACGUAGUGUAAUUCAAUUAUUAUUAAAGUUUUUUAUUUUUUUGAUUGUUAAAAGUUUGCUGGAAAAACGACAUUAGAUUUAAUUAUUAUUAAAAGUUAACUAUAUUUUAUUUUCUAAAAAAAUUGAUUGAAAAAAAUUAAAUUAAUUCAAAGCUAUUAUUUACCGAAAAAAAAAUGUUUCAAAUGUAAAAUUUAUGUAAAAUUAUUUGUAGUUUAAUUUAAGUAUGUUUAUGUUUUUUUUAUAAUGAUUUAUUUAACAAAUUUUUUAAUUGUUUAUAAUUAUCUAUUGACUGGAUAAAAAGAUAAUUAAGUUGUGUUAAUUUUUAAACAAAUAAAUAAUGUGAAUGAUAUUGAAAAAAA